AACUGGACGACGAGCUUUGCUGGAAUGAGCGAGAAGCCAUUCGGUGGAAAGGCGGCAGAAGUGCUGGGAGAGGAGAUCAAUGCAGAGGAUGUGGAGAUCAAGCCUGACGGACUCCUCUACCUACCCGAGAUCAAGUACAGGAGGGUCCUCACACGUGCAUUCGGAGCCGGCGGCUGGGCCAUGGCUCCUCGGGGAGAGACGAACGUGGGACCAAAGGUGGUCUCGAGGGAAUGGGUACUGGUGUGUCUCGGUCGCUUCGUCUCCACCGCCCGCGGCGAGCAAGAGUACUUUGAUCCAAAUGGCAUCGCAACUGCCUCUGAAGCAGCCAAGUCCAAUGCCCUAAUGCGGUGCUGUAAAGACUUGGGCAUCGCUAGCGAGCUCUGGGAUCCGCGGUUCAUCAGGGAGUUCAAGAAGAAGUACUGCAUGGAGGUCUUUGUCGAAGAUGCUAGGACGGGAAGGAAGCGUAAGCUCUGGAGGAGGAAAGAUGCUGGUCCCUUCGAGUAUCCGCUCAAGGAA